UUUAGGAGAAGGACAUUAUUUUUUAAAAUAUCUAAAAGUUUGUGAGAUGGACGUCAUUCAACUUCACUUGAAGACAGAAUCCUUAGCAAAUUUGCUUCCACUGAGUAGGAACUUUUAUAUAGGAUCCAUUUUUGCGUAAAUUACUCGGGCUCGUGCUCUUUAGCCUCAAACAACAGACAGCAAAGUGGGAAGUGAUCUUCUUCAUCAAAUAAUCAUCCCCAUCUUCGUCAUCUUUCUUAGUUUCUUACUUCGGAAGAAAAAGGUAAGAGCGAAGGUGAUUAAAUGUCAAUGGAGAUGAAAUAUCUUGAUUGCAUAUUGGUUCCAUUAGGGAUCCUAACGAUGGUAGCUUACCAUAUUUGGCAGCUCCAUCGAAUCAUCAAACACCCCACCAAGACUAUAAUUGGUGUCAAUGCCAUUAGCCGCCGUUUCUGGGUUCAUUCCAUGAUGGAGGAUGUGGGGAAGAAUGGAGUUCUUGCGGUGCAGACACUAAGAAACAACAUCAUGGCUUCGACGGUAUUGGCAUCGACGGCAAUCAUGUUAAGCUCUCUCAUUGCACUCUUGAUGUCGAACACUGGUCGCGACAAAUCCAUGUGGCUUGAUUUUGGUGACAGAAGCGAACAAGCUUUCUCAAUCAAGUAUUUUUCAAUAUUGGUUUGCUUCAUGGCGGUAUUCUUGCUCAACGUGCAGUCCAUAAGAUACUACAGCCAUGCCAGCAUCCUCAUCAACAUCCCUUUCAAAAAGAUGUACUCCGAUCAGCAUCACCGCAACCUCACGGCUGAGUAUGUGGCAACGACUGUGAACAGAGGCAGCUAUUUCUGGUCUCUAGGACUCCGUGGCUUCUACUUCUCUUUGCCUCUUUUUCUGUGGAUCUUUGGACCCAUUCCUAUGAUUUUGUGCUGCUUUGUCCUUGUUUUCAUGCUUUAUUUCCUGGAUGUCAACGUUGAAUUCGGGUCAGCUGUUAGCGUUGCGGAUGAUAAUCGUGAUGGCAACGAGGAUGAUGCGGAGCUAGGUGGCUUAAAUUCGUCCGUCUAAGCGAGAAGAUUCGUACAGCUACGUCAUGCUAGCUUUAGCUUAGCAGAAUAAUUAAAAGAGCGAUAAGGAGCAAUUCUCAUUCAAUCCAAGUUGAAUUGAAUUUUGCUCUUCACAUUAAAUAAAAGUCUUACUACUAGUUUAAUGCUCUUGAUGUCAAAUGUUUGAACUAAAAACCUUCUUGGAUCUAUGGAUUUGUUACU